GGUGGCCUGCGAGUACGGGAUGGUGCGUGUGGUCUCCGAGGCCGGGGGCCCCCGAGGCAGGGACUACUGCAUCCUCUACAACCCGCAGUGGGCCCACCUGCCCCACGAUCUCAGCAAGGCGUCUCUCCUACAGCUGCGCAACUGGACGGCCUCCCUGCUCUGCUCUCCCGCCGACCUCCCUGCCAGUGGCUUCAGCAAGGCAGCGGGGCGCGCGGGCUGCUCAUCGCCAGCAGGGAGAAGCUGGUGCCCCCUGGGGGCAACAAGACGCAGUACGAGGAGAUCGGCAUCCCGGUGGCCCUGCUCAGCCACAAGGACAUGCUGGACAUCUUCAGGAGCUUCGGCCAGGCGGUGAGGGUGGCGCUGUAUGCACCCAGCGAGCCGGUGCUGGACUACAACAUGGUCAUCAUCUUCCUCAUGGCGGGGGGGCUACUGGGCCGGCAGCCGGGACGUGAAGAAAAGGUACAUGAAGCACAAGCGCGAUGACGGGCCCGAGAAGCAGGAGGACGAGGCGGUGGACGUGACGCCGGUCAUGAUCUGCGUGUUCGUGGUCAUGUGCUGCUCCAUGCUGGUGCUGCUCUACUACUUCUACGACCACCUGGUCUACGUCAUCAUCGGGAUUUUCUGCCUGGCUUCCUCCACCGGCCUCUACAGCUGCCUGGCGCCCCUGGUCCGGAGGCUGCCCCUUUGUGCGUGCAGGGUGCCGGACAACAGCCUGCCCUACUUCCAUAAGCGCCCGCAGGUCCGCAUGCUGCUGCUGGCGCUGUGCUGUGUGGCCCUCAGCGUGCUGUGGGGCGUCUUCCGCAACGAGGACCAGUGGGCCUGGGUCCUGCAGGACGCCCUGGGCAUCGCCUUCUGCCUCUACAUGCUCAAGACCAUCCGCCUCCCCACGUUCAAGACAGCAUCAUGGUGGAGGUGGCCACGGGGCCCUCGGACUCGGCCACCCACGAGAAGCUGCCCAUGGUCCUGAAGGUGCCCAGGCUGAACUCCUCACCACUGGCGCUGUGUGACCGGCCCUUCUCCCUCCUGGGCUUUGGGGACAUCUUGGUGCCAGGGCUGCUGGUGGCCUACUGCCACCGCUUCGACAUCCAGGUGCAGUCGUCCAGGGUCUACUUCGUGGCCUGCACCAUCGCCUACGGCAUCGGCCUCCUGGUGACCUUCGUGGCCCUGGCCCUCAUGCGGCGCGGCCAGCCCGCCCUGCUCUACCUGGUGCCCUGCACGCUGGUGACAAGCUGCGCGGUGGCCCUGUGGCGGCGCGAGCUGGGCGCCUUCUGGACGGGCAGCGGCUUUGCGGUGAAUACCGGUUUGCUCUGAGUCUGCCGGCGCUAACCCUGGCCUUGCGUUCCAGUGGAGUUCGGCUGCGCGGACGCCGGGCGCGGUCAUGCCCUGCACAUCAGUGCUCAGCCCGUCGGCAUCCGCCUCCACCUGCCAGCAGGACAGAGGAAGCUCCCGCCCGAGGCCUCCUCCGAGUGGCCCUCCUUACCCCGCAGCUGUGAGGCUGCUGGCAUGCUCAGACCCGGGCUUUGAACCCUGGUGUGGGCGUGGUCCUGGCCGACCUCUGAGCCGGACCCUCUCCGUUCCCAGGAGCAGGUGUCCAUCCCUGCUGCCCCCCAGCAGCCUCUCCAUGUAGAGCCAGGUCGAUUCUAGAACGUUCUAGGGGCUGAGACCACAGUGUGCUGACCACAGUGUGAGUCUUUAAGGGCUUCCACGACCUCUGGCUCCCACUCCCACUCCGGGAGGCCUGUUUCCCUCGCGGCCCCACGUGCCUGGCCAGCGCCCUCCUGGUGGUGCAGGCGCUGCCUCUGGGACGCAGUCCCUGGGACCAUAGUCCGGGCACCGCUGCAGUGCCGCAGUGCCCCCGUGUGACGGCGGCCUGUCCUUGCAGAAAGACCUACCUCAGCCUCCGUGGGCCACUCCCGCCGGCGACCCGCAGCCUCCGCAGCCGCCGCCGAAGGAAGCAGGCACGCCCCCGGCCCAGCGGGGCGAGACACCAGCACGGGGACUUGGGGACUCAGGGCCUCCGACGCCGUCAGCCCCGCGUACCCUGGGGGGACGAUGGCCCCCGACCGCUCUGCCGGCUCCGUAGGAGCUGGGCGAGGGCGGCUGGACCUCGGUCUCCCGACCCUGCGGCGGCCACCUGCCUCCCACUGCACUGAGCGCGCCUUAACCCCAGCACGGGGCGGCGGCACUGCCCGACGUCGGACGUUCGCCUCGCUUGGGUCUGGGCCUGACGAUUAAACGUAGCUUUUCAUACUCCC